AAACAGCAUGUGGCAUAUUGACGGCAACCAUAAGCUUAUAAGAGUCCGUUCAGACAAAGGAGGGGAAAACAUUCUGGUGGCACGCUUUAUGGUGGCCCACUGUGGGCUCAACAGGAGGUCCCACAUUGCUGGAAGAAGUGUCCACAAUCAGAGAAUUGAGCGACUAUGGAGAGAUGUAUUUCACAACGUCCUUGAUCUCUUCAGCACCACUUUUCUUCGCCUUGAAGCUGAGGGAUGGCUCAGUCCAGAGAAGGACACAGACCUAUAUGCAUUGCACAGGUGUUACAUGCCACACAUCCAGUCACAUCUGCAACAGUUUCUGAGAGCAUGGAACAACCACUCACUGAGAUCAGCGUGGAAACAAUCUCCUGUUCAGCUGUGGCUGAGCAGAGAAAGAGAUGGAAGUACAGCGCAUUUGUGUCAGGCAGCUCAAGACUGUGUAAACAACUGGAGAGGGCCACCUGUGUCAGAUCAAGUUUAUGUCCCAGAGUUGGAGCUUCCCCGUGCCCUGUCGGCAGCAGAACUGGCAACACUUCCGAAUUCAAAUGUACUACUGACAGAGACAUUGCAAGUUUACAUUAAGACUGUUUCCCUUCUCAGAGAAAUGAUGGACAGGUGAUUCACCAGCACGUGCAUCAAAGCAAGGAGGUUUUUCCUGCAUUAAAGAAAUGGAAAACAUCAUGAAUUUACUAAUAAGUGUUUGAAAAUGUUGGGUCAUAUUAACAAUUCAGUCACACAGCAUUUUUGUUUUUCAGCAAAGCCAUGAAAGUCUCUAACUUUUCAAUAUUUGCUAUUUCAUGUAUCAAAAUGAAGUUCUCCUGUCUGUGUGCAAGACCCCAUCUCGUUUAGGAAAAAUCUAUUUUUCUCUGCCAGAUGUCUUUGACGUAUUGCUGUACAUAUUUUAUUUUUACAAUGACAUUAACUUUUUUUAUUUCAAGCUUCUAUUGCUAAGUGUUCUAAAACAAAUUCUGAAUUACAUUUUCACAUAAACUCACAUGCUUUCUAAAUCUACUUGUUGUCCUUCACAAGAACCUAAACUUAAAUAAUUUGUAGUUUAAUAUCUUUCUUUCUUUCUAUUGUUGUAUUAUUGCUGGUAUAUGGCUCAUAUGAUCAGUUUGUAUGUAGCCAGUGAAAUAAAAUGAUUUUGGCACUAAUGGUUCAUAACAGGUGUUUCAAACUUGCAGCCCAGGGGCCAUUUGCAGUCCACGUCACCCUAUUGGCAGUCUGUAUAUUUACAUGAAGUAAUAUAAUUCAAUAUUAAAAUAAGUUAGUUCCAAAGUAAGUAAUGAUUUCAUAUGAAUAUGCUCACAAUAUGAGCAGAGAGUACAAACAUGUUUAGGGGUUGUCUAUGUUACUUAUGUGAGACGGUUCUUUGUAGAUUAAACAG